AUGACAAGGGCCACCACCAACAGCCUUGGCAAACAAAAAGCAAGUGCCGCAUUAGAGAGCCUUGAUGCUUGGCUAGUAAGCCGCGAUCAAACAACGUCCCUUGAAGAUUCAUCACAUUUCUGGGGACCUUUUGGGAUCUUGGAUCUAUCAAUAGACAACAGUACCCAAUAUGACCAGUCAAGGCUGAUCACGAGCCAGGGAGAAAAUUUACAGCAAACACACAAUUCGCUGUUGUCCAGUCCAGAGAGCAUUUCUGUGACAGAAACUGACUGUUAUGUUCAAGAAGCGCAUAUUGGCACGUCAACUUCUGAUGAGACUGCUACUAACCUCAUAACACCGCUUGAUGUGGAUUUCACGAUCGAUACUGGUUCCUUUAAUCAGAGCAUUUCCAGCCGAAACUCUUCCCCAUGCUUGCUACCAAAGAACACUCCACCUAUUCUAUUGGACAUACCAGAGAACCAUUUAACUUGUCCACCGGUUCCACCAAAAGCUCUUGAGCUUUUACGGUAUUACACAGAAUACCGUGCUUCGCCACUGUUAUCUUUGCGGGGAGCGCGCAGUUGCCCGUGGCACACAAUACAGCUUCCGAGCGCGAAGAAAACGUAUGCCGAACUUCUCCUACACCAACCGGUCAGCCAUACUGGCCUAUCUCUCUUCUUCUCCCUUCUUGCUGCUAGCUCCCUACAUCUCGCGUCUCGAGGUGAUCAUUCUGACAGUUGGGUCAAGCUGCGUGACUCAUAUGAGCAAACGUCCAGGCAGCAUCUCAAUAUUGCGUUGAAGGAAGAAGUUGCGGGAGAAAAUCGUGUAAAAUAUAAGGAGCUACUGAUGGCUUUGUUGUCGAUGGUAAUGAUUGAGAUAUUCCGUGGACAAUAUUGCAGGGCCCAGAACCUUCUCGUUGAGGCUGAGCUCCUGAUUAGACGGCGAGGCUUGCCAAAGGUGCACAAGUCUCUCAAAGUCCGAUCUCUCCAUCACGUCUACACCUAUUUGCGGGUUAUGGCUGAGAGCACGUGUGGCUGUGCCCUCGUCAGCAUUUGUCCUCAGCGCCCUAACUCCAGUCUUCUCUCGGCUGAGCCCUCUUACCACUUACUGCGCAGCUUUCGUGUAGCAGACCACACUACAACUACCGAUCUUGAUGCCCACUUUGAAAAACCCCUAGAGUCUGGUUAUAAUGACAUACAUCUAGAAUUAAUGGGAGGAUGGAAUAACUCUCUCUUCCCAGCGAUGUAUGGGUUACCGGAGUCAUUGAUGGGACUUUUAUCCCACACUAUUCGCCUGGCAAAUGAACAAGAGCUUUUGAACCGCGACACAACUCUGGAUGUUGAUAUUGUCGCAAAUCUGAGUCUGCGAACAAGGGCCCUAGAACAUAAGAUUCUUUCUUGGGACAGAACACAGUCGUUUAUGCAUUCGACAGAGUCAGGUGUCAGCAGUGCAAGAAGCAAGAAGAUUCUCCAUUACAGUUCACUUGCUAUGCAUCAAGGUCUUGUUCUCUUCUAUUACCGGCGAAUUCACAACAUCAAUGCGUUGAUUCUGCAAGAUACCGUUCGCAGGGUCUUGGAAUUUGCAGAAGAGAGUGCCACCAAUGACAACGCAGCUGAUGAUCUCAACCCAUUACUGCUAUGGCCUUGCUUCAUAGCAGCGUGUGAAGCUUUAGAGCCAAGCUUACGAGAUCGAUCUCUCAAGUGGCUGCUCGAUGCUGACCGUCGGACACCUGCUCCAUCCUUCUUCGUCGCUGCUGACGUAGCUCGAAAGGUAUGGAGUCUGCGCGAAGAAACCGAGGAUUAUACACUUAGCUGGUUUGAAGCGAUGGGACCAGAUCGGUGUCCAAUUAUUGUAAUAUAA